AUGUCUGACGCGGAGAAGUUUCCUCCUCUUCCUCAUUCCUCAGUCGAGGAUGCCGAGGGGAACCAAGGACCGGAUCAGGGACAUACUCUGGAUGAAACUACUACUGCCGGAACACUGGCUCCAGAGAACGCCAGUGUUGGUCGGAGCAUUUCAUCGUCCCAACGCUGGCGGACUGCAAGUCAGAGGAUCCGGAACCGUGCUACCACCAUUGCAGAAAGACUGGGUCGACCUCCCGAGAGAGAUGCAGAUGGCUUGGACUCCCCAAUGCUGCCGGAGCAUUAUGGGGCAACCGACGAUAUCCGAAGCUAUAAGGCUCGCCAAGCAAAUGAUGAGGAGGAUCGGCUGCCCGGGACCGACUUCGAUGCACAAGCUCGUCUGUUGGUGGAACGACUAGGCCUGCAGCCCGGUCCAAGACCACCUCGGAUUGAAGAGCCCCAUUCAGGUGCCACAACCCCAGGCACCCCAGAGGGGAUGGCAACGACUGGUGGUCCCCCAGGUGGCCUUCUUUCACAGUUACUUCGUGUCUACGCCGACAAUGUUCGAACAGCGAGCAGGAUGAGUCUCGUUUCGACAUCGUCGGAGACAGACAUGGAAACGGAGACGUUGGCACCGUCUAUUCCACCGUCUGGUACGGCAACCCCGGGUGGAAAGAAAGAUAAAUUGAAAUGGUAUAACAAUGGUCAUAAACCCACCAAGUCAAACCACAGUUAUACUUCCUCUCUUAUUCACGCAUCGAUGGACAUGGGCCGAGUCGGGGUCCCCAAUGCCACAGGACCACCUCCUGUGAACGCCAAGCAGCGCAAGAAAGAAAAGCGCAAGAGCAAAAAGAAUGUCAAGCUCACGGUACACAUUGCACAACUUCUUGCUCGCCAACAGUACAUUAUGCAGCUAUGUCGGGCGUUGAUGAAAUAUGGCGCCCCGACUCACCGAUUGGAGGAAUAUAUGAUGAUGACCUCCAAUGUGCUGGAGGUAAAGGCGCAAUUCCUUUACAUCCCCGGUUGUAUGUUCAUGUCAUUUGACGAUCCCCUGACUCGUACAGCGGAGGUCAAAAUCAUUCGCGUCAUUCAGGGACUAGAUCUGUCCCGGCUGGCUGAGACCCAUAACGUGUACAAGAACGUUGUACACGAUGUCAUUGGCGUUGAGCAAGCAACCCAAGACCUGGACCAAAUCAUGCAGCGGAAACCGCGCUACAAUCGUUGGAUGCUGGUAUGCUUGACCGGCUUGGCCAGUGUAGCUGUUGGUCCCUACUCGUUCAGUGCACGUCCAGUCGACCUUCCUAUCAUCUUCAUCCUUGGAUGUCUAGUCGGCGUGAUGCAACAUGUCCUCGCCCCUAGCUCAGCAACCUACUCGAACGUCCUCGAAGUAUCUGCUGCAAUCCUGACAUCCUUCCUCGCCCGUGCAUUCGGCAGUAUCCAUCACAACGGCUCUCCCGUCUUCUGCUUCUCAGCAAUGGCACAAUCAUCCAUUGCAAUGAUCCUUCCAGGAUUCUCCGUUCUAAGCAGUAGUCUCGAGCUCCAGUCCCAUCAGAUGAAUGCCGGAUCCAUCCGCAUGGUCUACACAAUCAUCUACUCCCUCUUCCUGGGCUAUGGCGUUACAGUCGGCACAACCAUCUAUGGACUAAUGGACAGAAACGCAACCGCAGCAGCAACAUGCUCUGGUCUCCCCGAAGUCUGGGGAAACGAAUACAUCCAACGCUUCCCAUUCGUUGCUCUGUUUUGUCUUUUCGCCGCUCUGAUCAACCAAUCCAAGUUCAAACAGCUCCCCGUCACUGUCACCAUGGGAGUGUGCGGAUACGUCGCCAAUUACUUCAGCACAAAGAAACUCGGUGCCAACCAAGUUGCCAACACAAUUGGUGCAUUCACUAUUGGUCUUCUGGCCAACUUAUACAGUCGAGUAUGGCAUGGUCAUGCCGCUGCGGCUAUUAUUCCCGGCAUCUUCACACUGGUGCCUUCUGGCCUUGCCUCCAGUGGAUCCAUCAUCUCUGGCUUGGAGUAUUCUGAGGCUGUCAAGUCUGGAAACAUUACCAGUACCAAUAGUGGGUCUUCGAGUAAUGACUCGCUUACCUCGCUGGGCUACGGUAUGAUUCAGACUGCAAUCGGUAUCUCGGUUGGCCUUUUCGUGUCGGCCUUGAUCGUUUACCCUAAUGGAAAGAAGAGGAGUGGAAUCUUCAGUCUUUGA